AUGACAGACCAAUUGCCUCAGGCUUAUGCGACCGCUUCGAACGAUCUGCGUUCGGAUACGUUCACUACUCCCACGGCGCAGAUGAUGGAGGCCGCCAUGGCGGCCUCCAUCGGUGACGCCGUGUACCAGGAGGACGUCGACACGGUGCGAUUGGAGCGCACCGUCGCGGCGCUCGCUGGGAUGGAAGCCGGUUUGUUCUGUGUUUCCGGCACUCUGUCGAACCAGAUCGCUCUGAGGACGCAUCUGUUGCAGCCUCCGUACUCUAUUCUGUGCGACUACAGGGCGCAUGUGUACACACACGAGGCAGCUGGGCUUGCGAUCCUGUCACAGGCUAUGGUGGUGCCCGUGAGGCCCGCUAACGGCGACUACGUGACGCUGGAGGACAUCAAGGCUAACUACAUCCCGGAUGAUGGGGAUAUCCAUGGCGCUCCGACCAAGGUUGUAUCUCUGGAGAACACUCUACAUGGGAUCGUGACUCCGUUGGAAGAGCUGGUUCGGAUCAAAGCGUGGUGCGUGGAGAACGGGAUAAGACUGCACUGCGACGGGGCGCGCAUCUGGAACGCGGUUGUCGCGUCGAAAGUGCCACUGAAGCAGUUUGGUGAGUUGUUCGACUCUAUCUCUAUCUGCCUGUCCAAGUCGAUGGGCGCGCCCAUGGGUUCGGUGCUGGUCGGCGACGCCAAGUUUAUCAAGAAGGCGAACCAUUUCAGGAAGCAGCAGGGCGGUGGUGUCAGACAGUCCGGUAUGAUGGCGGCGAUGGCGUUGGUGGCGAUCGAGGGCGAAUGGAAGUCGAAGUUGCAGUAUUCGCACGGAUUGGCCUCUGAGCUGGCAGCGUUCUGCCGGGAGCACGGCAUUCCCCUGGAGUCGCCCGCCGAUACCAACUUUGUGUUCUUGGACCUGAGUAAAGCCCACAUGGACCCGGAUCUGCUGGUUAGAAAAGGUUUGAAGUACGCCAUCAAGCUAAUGGGCGGCAGAAUCGCGUUCCACUACCAGGUGUCCAGAGACACGCUCGAGAAGGCCAAGUGCGCGAUCUUGGAGACCUACGAAUACGCCAAGGAGCAUCCUUUCGAUUCGCAGGGUCAGACCAAGAUCUACCGCAGCGAGUCGACAGACAAAAUCGACGUUGAAGGUAACUCCAUUCAUGAUAUCAAGACCUACAAGUACUGA